AUGCACGACGGUGGCGCUCGACCACAAGAUGAAGCCUCGGAUAUUCCAGACUUCGAGCAUCAACCGCGAUAUGUCCCACCGGACUUCGCUAUCGACGACUGGAGGCGGAUAAAGGUCGUUGUUAUUGGCGCGGGAUACGCCGGUAUCACUGCAGGCAUACGGUUCUCACAGCGCAUACCAAACCUUGACCUUACGAUCUACGAGAAGGAGAGCGGUGUGGGCGGCACGUGGCACGUGAACCGGUAUCCAGGGUUACUAUGCGACAUACCCUCGCAUUGUUACCAACUCACCUUUGCACCUAAUACGCAGUGGUCGGGCUUCUACGCUCCCGGGCCCGAGAUUCGCGCAUACCUCCAGGGCGUGGCCGACAAAUGGAAGCUCUCACGUUUCAUCAAACUUCGUCACGAGCUCAUGGGCGCACGAUGGGACGAAGGCGCGAAGAAGUGGCGGCUGCGCGUACGUCGUUGCAUUGAGAACGAAGGCACCAUUGAAGUCGCUGAAGAGUUCGAUGACGACGCGGACGUGCUCUUCCUCGGUACCGGCUCACUCUCACGCUGGAGGUGGCCCGACAUUCCUGGACUUGAUACCUUUGAAGGACCUAUCCUUCACUCUGCGCAGUUCACGAACAAGAAAGACAUGGAGUGGGAGGAUGUCGUGAGGGGGUGGGGCGAUAAGCGCGUCGGCGUUAUCGGAAAUGGCUCUACGGGCAUACAGGUUGUUACAGCUCUUCAGCCACGCGUCAAGACAUUGGUCAACUUCGCGAGACAGAAGACAUGGCUUUCUGCUCUGUUCUCCGUACGGUCUAUGUUUGAGCUUAUCGGGCGCGAUCCUGAAAGCGGGCUCUAUGACUUCCCCGAGGACUUCAAGAAACGCCUUGGUUCAGACCCCGAGUUCUACAAGAAGUUUAGACAUGCUGUUGAACAUGAUUUGAACUCUGUAGCGCAGGUCACCCUCAAGGACUCGGACAUGCAGAAGGCCGCGGCGGAUGCAUUCCGUGCGGAUAUGGAAGCAAAGCUCGCACAGCAGCCAGACCUGAAGGACAAGAUCAUCCCCGACUUCGCCGUGUGUUGCAGGCGCUUAACACCGGGCCCGGGUUAUCUCGAGGCGCUUUGCGAGGAGAACACAACGCUGGAGACCACGCACAUCGCGAGCGUAGCGCCCAACGGCGUUGUUCUCACCGAUGGACGUACCUACAAUCUUGAUGCGUUGGUCUGCGCCACAGGAUUCGAUGUGUCCUACACAUUCCCCUUCCCCGUCAUCGGUCGAGAUGACACUCCGCUCUCCGCUCGUUGGAAUCCGCAUCCAGAGGCCUACCUUGCACUCGCCGUUGACGGCUUUCCAAACAUGUUCUUAGGUCUCGGACCUAACUCGGGCGUAUUCUCAGGCAGUUUGCUCAUCAUCAUGGAGAAGCAGGUCGAUUAUGCCGUUGCCGCCACACUCAAGAUGCAAAGGGAGAGGAUUGCGAGUAUGGAGGUCAAGGCAGACGUGGUCAGCGCAUGGAGGCAGUAUAUGAAGGGCUUCUUUCCCAAGACCGUCUUCAAUAGCGGCUGUUCCAACUGGUAUAGUGCCGCGGACGGUCACAUUCGCGGGCUCUGGCCUGGAACCAGCCUUCAUGCUGUGCGCGCCUUGAGUAAUCCUCGGUGGGAAGACUAUGAGUACUCGAUGAUCGACGAGGAUGAGAUCACUAGAGGAAGUCCCUUGUACUGGCUCGGCGACGGCAUGACUGCAAAUGAGAAGAGCAUGACUGGUGACCGUGCGUGGUAUCUGAAUGAUGUUGAUAUUCCUCCGGUGCCUGUCUGA